CGCCGCGGAUUUAGCAGUUGGCGAGUGGGAUAUUUGGUGCGAUCGAGUCUCGGCGCAAGUGCGUUUGCCGGGCGCGAGAUAAGAUAAAGCGGCGGACGGACGGGCUCGAGGGCGAGCCACCGGCAGAGACAUUUAUUAUUAUGCUCAAGGAGACGAGUUUCGGCGGCAUCGAGCAGGGCCCAGCAGAGGCGGUCGCGGGGCCCAGCGCGGCCGCCGCCACCGCCGCCGUCGCCGCCGUCGAGGUGGCCCCCGUGCGGAGCAAGCCGCAGCCGCGCGUCAGCAAGCAGAGCCGCCCCUACGUCGCCUUCAAGUUCGUCGAAUGCGCGUUUUGCAUCGUGUGCCUGGUGGUGGGCAGGGAAAACUGGCAGGCCAUGGUGAUCAGGGGCAACGUGCACCUGGCUCUGCAGCCAGUCAUCGCAGGGGCAACCUUCGUCGUCUACUGCCCCCUGCUGCUCAUCUCGUACGCCCUCAACCGACCUCCCACGCCCUUCCUGAUGGCGUGCAUGGCGGCAUUGGGCUCUGUCUACUUUAUCUUCGCGGCGAUCACGACUGGGGUGUUCUGGUCGGACUUGGCGUUGCUGCUGGACGAGCUGGACGGCGCCACGCCCAUCUUGGAGCUGGAGGAUUUGCAGAAGCUGCUGGAGGCGACGGGGGCGGACCCCGACCCCCGGCUCGCCGCCGACCGCCUGCUGCUCUACUGCAUGAUCGCCACGCCCACCGCGGCCAUCUUCCUCGGCGACCUGCUGCUCACCCUCAAGUACGCCAUCCUGCGGCACAUCCCCGCCUCCACCCUGCCCCCCUCUUUGUCCUUUUUCUGACAAUAAAUUUAAUAUAUUUAUUACGACACACA